UUUCAUUUAUAUUAAUUUAUAUGAAACUUGGUUUGUGGUACUGGGACGGUUGUAACGCCCCAUUAUAACUGUCCCAGUAUCACCAACCAAGUUUCAUUUAUAUUUUAAAAACUAAUCAAGCUAAAAAAAACCUGCAGUUUCCCUUUAACUGUGCAAAUUAAAUGUAAAAUCGAAUCACAUUUUAAGGUAAUUAUCUUUUUUUUAUAUAUAUAUAUAUAUAAAGACAGUCUGUGUUAUAGACAGCAUGCCAAAUAUCAGAAAGAGGAAGACAGACAGGGGAGUCCCAUUUCCAGUGCUGGAAAGGGCUUCCGAUGAAAUCAGACAGGGAAAGUCAGUCAGGGGAGUGGCCAAAUCAUAUGGCAUUUGCCAUGUGACCCUGCACCGAUUCCACAAGAAGAGGAGCCAGGAAUCAAAGACACUUUCCAGAGUUGGAUACUGGACUCCAAAAAGGGUUUUCACACUAGAGCAGGAGCUCCUCUUAAGUGACUACCUGAUGCAGGCAGCUGAUUUGUAUUAUGGCUUGAGCCCAAAGGAGGUCCGGAAGUUUGCCUAUGAUUUGGCAAAGACCUACACUUGCAGGUACCCUGAAACCUGGGCAGAGAACGGGAUGGCUGGAGCCGACUGGUUCACAAUGUUUUUGAAGAGGCACCCCACUCUCUCCAUAAGAAGCCCUCAGGCUACAAGCCUCUCACGGGCUACGAGUUUCAAUGAGACAAACGUCAAUAAGUUUUUUGACAACUUGUUUUCUGUCCUGGACAAACACAGAUUUGCUGCACAGGAUAUCUGGAACAUGGAUGAAACAGGAAUCACCACGGUGCAAAAUCCUGAAAAAAUUGUGGCUAGAAAAGGAGUCAAGCAAGUAUGCGCAGUCUCCUCUGUAGAAGGGGGGACACUAAUUACACUUGCCUGUGCAGUGAGUGCCUUGGGGAAUUCCAUCCCACCAAUGUUCAUCUUCCCCCAGAAAAAAAUCCAUCCUUCCUUUACCAGCAAUGGCCCUCCUGGCUGUAUCAGUACAGCAAAUGGGUCUGGGUGGAUGCAAAGGGAGGACUUUUUGGUCUUCCUCAAGCACUUCCAGACUUACACCAAUUCCUCAUUGGAGGCAAAAGUGCUGCUAAUUCUGGACAACCAUACCUCCCACCUUUCUGUGGAGGGGAUUGAUUUUUGCAAGAGCCAUGGCAUCGUCCUCCUCUCAUUCCCCCCACACUGUUCCCAUAAGCUGCAGCCUUUGGAUCGCAGUGUAUAUGGGCCACUGAAGAGGCUGGUAUACAACUGCUGUGACGGUUGGAUGAAAGCUCAUCCAGGAGCAACAAUGUCCAUUUAUGAUCUGCCAGGCAUUGUGAAGAGUGCCCUUCCCUAUGCUGCAUCACCAGCAAAUAUUCAGGCAGGGUUUGCAUGCACCGGAAUUUGGCCUUUUAAUAGGAAUAUUUUCACUGACAGUGACUUUGCACCAUCCCUAGUCACAGACCACCCAAUGCCAGCAGUGACACCAGAGGUUCCAUCUUCCUCUACAACUCCAUCACCCAAUGUGGCAAUGGUGGCAUCCUUCAUGCCACUUAGAGCAUCAUCCCCUGUCACACCAUGUGUGGUGUCCAAGCCUGAGCCUGAGCCAUCAUCCUCUGCUAUGGACACAACUUUUUCACCUGUGUCCAUCCGUCCACACCCAAAAGCUGGCCCAAGAAAGCAGACGACAAAGGGCAGGAAAAGAAGGGAAACCACUGUCCUUACAGAUACUCGCGUGAAAAAAUACCUGGAGGCCGAGAAAAGCAGACGGUGGUCUCUUGCAAUGCCUCGGACUCAGACUGCUGAUCCUGAUCUCUCACAGGGUGAAGAUGUGCAGCCACAGACUUGUUCAAGCGGAGAAACGUCAAACUCUGAAGCGCAAGGAAACCCCUCAGUCGAACAGGACGAGCUUCUUGACGAGGAGUUUGGAUCCGAGGAGUCCGGAUACUGCUUCAAGGAGGAGAAUCAAGAGCUGAACAGCGAUGAUCAGGGUAACGACUUCGACAGACUGAAUAUCAUCUGCAUCAAAGAGGAAGAUCCUGAAGAUGACGACUACCUCUACUGCGAGGAUUGCAAAUGCUUUUUCGUGAACAAGUGCGAGGUUCACGGUCCUGCUCUUUUCAUUCCUGACAUUCCUGUUCCAAUUGGGGUCGCUGACCGUGCCAGACGAACCCUUCCUCUUGGUUUAGAGAUUCGGAAGUCUGACGUUCCCGAUGCAGGUCUGGGAGUGUUUAAUAAGGGAGAGACUCUUCCAGUCGGAGCACACUUCGGUCCCUACCAGGGAGAUCCAGUAGACCGAGAGGAAGCAAUGAACAGCGGUUAUUCUUGGGUGAUAUACAAGGACAGGCAGCGUGAGGAAUACGUUGACGCUACGAAUGAGAUACAUGCUAAUUGGAUGAGGUAUGUGAAUUGUGCAUGUACUGAGGAAGAUCAGAAUCUUAUGGCAUUUCAGUAUCAAGGAGGGAUUUUCUAUCGUUGUUGUCAACCCAUCAAACCAGGACAGGAGCUACUAGUGGGCUACCAAGAGGAAUACAUCAAAGAUCUCAGUCCUGCAUUCGAAUAUCUCUGGAACAAAAAGUGUUCCGCAAAUGAAAUGAAUGGCAUCCUGUUACAAGCCUUCUCCUGCUCCUUGUGUGCACUUUCCUAUACAUCUUUAUUUCACUUCCACAAACAUGUCAAGAGAUGCCACUAUGAGGAGUAUUUGAGACUGAUGAAUUCAGGAGAGAUUACCUAUGAAAAAUUUAAUCUGAUGACUACCAACAGCUCCAGUAGUCAACAAACUGGAACUGACUCCUCCAGUUCUUUGUGCGUUACAGCCUCUAACAGUGAAAUUCAAAUAAAAACUCACCACUGCUCAGACUGUGGUGAGAGUUUUAUUCAAAAGAGUGAUCUUGAACUACACAAGCACAAUCACACGGGAAAGAAGAUAAAGUCAUAUCAGUGCUCACAUUGUGGGAGGAGUUUUACACAAGUGAGUCAUCUCCGAGCACACAAGCGCAUUCACACAGGAGAGAGGCCAUAUCGCUGCUCAGAGUGUGGAAAGAGUUUUAUUCAAAGGAGUAAUCUCCGAACACACCUGCGCAUUCACACAGGAGAGAAGCCAUAUCGCUGCUCAGAGUGUGGGAGGGGUUUUACUCACCAGAGUAAUCUUAACACACACCAGCGUAUUCACACAGGAGAGAGACCGUUUCACUGUUUGUUGUGUGGAAAAACCUUUGCACAGCAGAGUGCUCUCCGGCUACACCAGCGUGUUCACACAGGAGAGAAGCCGUAUCGCUGCUCAGAGUGUGGAAAGAGGUUUGUUCAACUGGCAGGUUUGCAGAAACACCAAUCUAUUCACAAAAGAGAGAGGCCAUAUCACUGCUUACAGUGUGGGAUUAGUUUUACUCAUCGCACUCAUCUCCAAGAACACGAGCGCAUUCACAUAGGCGAGAGGCCGUAUCACUGCGCACAAUGUGGGAAGAGUUUUUCCCAUCAGCGUAAUUUGCAUCAGCACGAGCUCAUUCACACGAAAGAGAAGCUGUAUCACUGCACGCAGUGUGGGAAGAGCUUUUCUUUCCAGCAUAGAUUGCAACGACACCUUCGUAUUCACACAGGAGAGAGGCCGUAUCAGUGCUUACAGUGUGGUAAGAGUUUUUCUUCCCAGCAUAAAUUGCAAGUACACCAGCGUGUUCACACCGGAGAGAAGCCAUAUUCCUGUUCACAGUGUGGGAAGAAUUUUACUAGUGCCAGUAGUCUCAAAAUACACCAGCGCAUUCACACAGGAGAGAAGCCGUAUCAUUGCUCACAGUGCGGGAAGAGUUUUACUUGCCGGACUAAUCUCCGGCAACACCAGCGCAUUCACACCGGGGAGAAACCCUAUGACUGCUCAAAAUGCGGGAAGAGUUUUACUUGCAAGUCUAAUCUCCGACAACACCAGCGUGUUCACACAAAAGAGAAAACUUACAACUGCUCAGAAUGUGGAGAGACUUUUAUUCAUCAAAGUGAUCUUAAACUACACCAGCACAUUCACACAGGAAAGAAGAUAAAGUUGUAUCAGUGCUCAUACUGUGGGAAGAGUUUUACUCAAGCAAGUUAUCUGAGACGACACCAGCGUAUGCACACAGGAGAGAGGCCGUAUCAUUGCUCACACUGUGGAAAGAGUUUUGCUCAACAGGGUAAUUUCCGAACCCACCUACGCAUUCACACAGGAGAGAAGCCAUAUCAGUGCUCACAGUGUGGUAGGGGAUUUACCCGACAAAAUGCUCUCCAGCUCCACCAGCGCAUUCACACUGGAGAGAGACCGUAUCAGUGCACAGAGUGUGGAAAAACUUUCAUUCAAAAGAUUAAUCUCCAAAUACACCAGCGCAUCCAUACUGGAGAGAAGCCAUAUCACUGCUCAGAGUGCGGAAGGGGUUUCACUCACCCAACAUCUCUCCAGGACCACCAGCGCAUUCACACAGGGGAAAAGCCAUACCAGUGUUCACAGUGCGGGAAGAGGUUUUCACAACAGAGUACUCUCCACAUACACCAGCACGUUCACACACGAGAUAAGCCGUAUAAAUGCACACAAUGUAAGAAGAGUUUCACUCACCAGAGUCUUCUCCAACAGCAUCUGAGCUUUCACACAGGGGAGAAGCUCUAUCAUUGCUCCCAAUGUGGCAAGAGUUUUGCUUACCAGCGUACUUUCCGACGACACCAGCGCGUUCACACCGGGCAGAAGCCGUAUUGCUGCUCACAGUGUGGGAAGAGCUUUACUGAAAUGGGAAAUUUCCAAAAACACCAGCGCAUUCACACCGGAGAAAAGCCGUACCAAUGCUCAGAGUGUGGAAAGAGGUUUGCUCAACUGGGUGGUUUCCAAAGACAUCAACGCAUUCACACAGGAGAGAAGCCAUAUCGGUGCUCAGAAUGUGGAAUGAGUUUUGCUUAUCAAAGUACCUUGCAACGACACCAGAGCGUUCACACCGGAGAGAAGCUGUAUUCCUGUUCGCAGUGUGGGAAGAGUUUUAAUUAUCUAGAAGGUUUCCAAAUUCAUCAGCGCAUUCACACAGGAGAGAAGCCUUACCAGUGCACACAGUGUGGGAAGAGUUUUACGUGCAAGUCUAAUCUCCGUCAACACCAGCGGAUUCAUACAGGAGAGAAACCCUAUCAAUGUUCACAGUGUGGGAAGAGUUUUACUUGCAGGUCUAACCUCCGGCAACACCAGCGCAUUCACACAAAAGAGGAAAGCGUAACACAAAAUGCAAGAACUUAGUACAGAGAAAGAGAAUCCUUUCAGAUUACCUUGCUUCAUCAUCAGGUAGCAUGGUGCCAUACCAUGUAGUGUUGGUACCUCAGCUCCAGGGUCAGAGAAAUGAAGAGUUUGAUGUGUUCUCUCUGUCCUCCAACCUAGACAUGCCAGUAGAUACUCUAAAUUGCCAUAGAUGUGAAUAUGUAAGAUCGUGUGAUGCCUUGUGUUGGAUUGGUGUCACAUUUAUGGUGUAUUUCUCAUCUUGGUCCAUGUGUUAUUGGAAUAGGCCACUGUUCUGGGUAAAGCUGUUAAUGAAGAAUGAGACGAAAUGAAAAUGGUUUGCAUGUUACAGUAUGUAGCAAAUGUUAUUGUAUUCUUGUUGAACGCAUGAAUUGAAUAGUAUAUUGCAUUCAUGUUUUAUUUGUUUUGAAACUAAAAUAAUGGCUUAAAUUGUGUGCUGUAAAAAAAUCUAUACAGAACAUUUUAACAGCAAAUCAUGUUUAAUGAAAUGGUAGUUUUACUUUUAAAUCGUCCUGUUUUUUUUGUCCCUUUAUUUUAAUACUAACAUGAACAGCAUUAUAUAUAAUGUAUAUUAUUUAAAUAAAAAAAGGCACCAGAAUCUAGAGUCAACCUUAACUUGGAUCUUAAUACACAACAGUAUUUCUUUUUUUAUUCACUAAAAUUGUAUUUGUACAGUGCUGUCAGAAUUAGACACUGGCCUUGGAAAUAGAAGCCCUGGGAUGCAACGGUUUUUAGUAGGUAAGUUUCCAUGAGGUCCAGGUACAAUUUUCCACAGCCACAGGAGGUUAGCCAUAAGUAUUUCAACCAAGAAACUACAACCAAGAUACUGAGCAUCUGGAUUAGUGGGAAAGUCUAGAGGGUGAGAAGAGUCACUGCAAGGAUAUUCAAUUCAAUUCAAGUUUAUUUAUUUAGUGCUUUUUACAAUUGACAUUGUCUCAAAGCGGCUUUAAAGAUCAU